AUGUACCGAGGGGAGGAGUUGGUUCAGUGGGCCUGUAGGCACAAGACCGCCGAGCAGUGCCUACAGCAGGGCUGCCUACUUUGGGGCUCCUGGGUGGUGAUCCCGCAAAGUCUCUGGUCCAGGGCCCUGCAGUUGCUGCACGCCGGUCAUCUUGGCGUGGAAAAGACAAAGAUGAUGGCCAAGUCUCACGUUUGGUGUCCUGGCCUGGACCAGGACUUCGCUCACAUGGCGCAGAGCUGCCAAGUCUGCCAGGAGCACCAGCGAGCCCCGCGUUCGACCACUGCGGCGCUGCGGCAGGCCUUCGCCGCCCGGGGGUUGCCGGGCGUCAUCGUGUCCGAAGAAGGUCCCGCUUUCGCCAGCACGGAGCACCUGGCCUGGCUGACGAAGAACGGAAUCCUCUGGAUAAUGGUCCUGUCGUACUAUCCUGCUUCAAACAGUGCAGCCGAGCGGUUGGUGCCGCUAGACCAUCAAGCACAAGCUCAAGAAGAGCCAGGCAGGGGAUUUCCGGACGGAGGUGGCCCGGGUGCUGUUACAGUACCGGACCAUGCCCCCCGACAUCACUGGCCAUGCCCCGGUAAGCUCAUGCUGGACCGGAUGGCCAAGACACCCUUAGAUAUCUUGCAUGCGGACCUCCGAUCCACAGCGCUCCUGAUGCAGCUCAAGCAAAAGCUGGCUGCAAACCAAGGGUGCCGUCCUGGGCCUUAG